GCUGAGGUGGAGGAAACACUGAAGCGAAUUCAGAGCCAAAAAGGAGUGCAAGGAAUCAUUGUUGUUAAUUCUGAAGGUAUUCCUAUCAAAAGUACUAUGGACAACUCCACGACAGUCCAGUACGCUGGCCUCAUGCACAGCUUCAUCAUGAGGGCGAGGAGCACCGUGCGCGACAUCGACCCCCAGAACGACCUCACCUUCCUGCGCAUCCGCUCCAAGAAAAACGAGAUCAUGGUGGCACCAGAUAAAGACUACUUCCUGAUUGUCAUCCAGAAUCCAACUGAAUGAUUACACUGACUUGUUCUGUUUUUUCCCUUUGUUUUGUCUAACAUUUUUUAAUUUAAUGUUAAACAAUAGAGCAUUAGUGUUAACUCUGCUAUGCCACUUCAGUAAGGUCUGAAAAAACAAAAGCAGGUGUUUUUGGUGUUUGCA